AUGUCCAGGAGGCUCAGCUCCCAGUUACAGCAAAAAUUCCCGGAAGAUGUCUACUGUGAGAAACACCUGGAACUAGUGCAGUUGUUCUGUGUUGAUGACCAAAUCCUGCUGUGUGGCCAGUGCUUCCACUCUCAGGAGCACGAGAAUCACCUGGUGUGUGGAGUACAAGAGGCUGCUGGCGUUUAUAGGAAGUUAUUCCAGGAGAUAUUGAACACAUUGAAGGAGAAACUUGAAGUAGCUAAAAGCAUAUUGGCUGAUGAGCAAGAAAGAAUGGUGAUGAUUCAGGGAGAAGAGCAGGAUUUUAAAGAGAUGAUUGAGUCUGAAUAUAGAAUAAGGUUCCGGUUGAUGGUUGAAGAGAUGAACUUCCGGAGCCUACAAGACUGCGUAUUCAACCCAAAGUUGAGGGAAGACCAUCUGAAUCAAGUGCUGGCAUUUGCCACAGAGCUGAAGGGGCAGUCCCAGGAAACGCUACAGAGACUGAACGAUUUGGGGAAAGAGAACAUGAAUAAACUGAAGGAGAGUGAAGGCCGGCUUUCGGGACACAUCUGCAGCCUCCAAAAGAUGACUGUAGAGCUGGAGAAGAAGUGUGGGAAAUACACCCUAAUGGUGCUCCAGAAUGCAGGAUCUUCUUUGAAAAGGAGUGAGUCACUACUGCUUCAGUGUCUGGAGCAAGCCCAAAUCACGGACCUGAGUUUAUGCCAAGUAACAGGAAUGAGCAGAAUGCUCAAAGUUCUGCAAAGAGCUGUCACUUUGGAUCCUAAAACAGCUAAUCCCUGUUUGGUCUUAUCUGAGGAUCUGAGAAGCAUGCAUCUCAGAAAUGUCCAGCAGGACGUGCCUCGCAGCCCAGGAAGAUUUGUCUUUAGUGCCACCGUGUUGGGUGUGGAAAGCUUCACCUCAGGGAGGCACUACUGGGAGGUGGAUGUGGAGAAGGCCACCAAGUGGCAGUUGGGGGUAUCUGAAGAUUCUGCCAGCAGACAUGGUGAUCUACCCACCGCUUCGGGAAAUAAAGUCUUGCUCAUGGGUUCUUUGAUGGGAACCAAUUAUACCUUCUGGGCCUUUCCCCCCCUGAAGAGGGUCUCCUUGAGAGGAGAGCAGAUGCACAAAGUUGGAGUCUUCCUAGACUGUGAGUCUGGGCACAUAUCCUUCUAUGAUGUGGCAAACACAUCCCUCAUUUAUAAUUUCUCUUCCCUCACCUUCCAAGGAGCUCUCAGGCCCACAUUUUCUCUUUGUAUCCCAAGUGGAGUCACAAAUUCAGACUCACUUAGCAUUUGCCUUCCUCCCGUUUCUUCUUGUGAUGUUACUGUUAGCCCACAGUCUUCCUUGGCAUGA